AUGCGGUCCCUCCGACCUCUUGCGGCUCGACUUCCCUCAGGUGUCUCAGUUCUGCGACCUCCUACUGGCACGCUCACCUUCACAAGACAUGUUGCGUCGAGCUCGGCGGCUGCAGAACCCCAGCCAGCUCACCCAGUUCUUCCGCCUACAGGCGUCAUAUCACGCCGGGAACGCAUCCGCGAUGCGAAGCCGUUCUCGGACUUUCUGACAGAUACCUUUCACCGCCAGCAUGACUAUCUGCGCAUCUCCGUCACCGAAAGAUGCAACCUGCGCUGUCUGUACUGCAUGCCGGAAGAGGGGGUUCCGCUGUCCCCCGACAAGAACCUCCUCACCAGCCCCGAGAUCAUUCUCCUGUCGUCCAUUUUCGUAUCGCAGGGUGUGACCAAAAUCCGGCUCACUGGAGGGGAGCCCACGGUGAGGCGAGAUAUCGUGCCUCUCAUGCAACAGCUCGGCGCACUGCGCCCAUACGGGCUCCGGGAGCUGUGUAUAACCACCAACGGGAUCUCAUUGCAUCGGAAACUGGACAGCAUGAUCGAGUCCGGGCUUACCGGUGUUAAUCUGAGCCUCGACACGCUGGACCCUUUUCAAUUUCAAAUCAUGACGAGGAGGAAGGGCUUCGAUGCUGUCCAGAAGAGCAUCGACCGCAUCCUGGAACUCAACUCACUGGGCGCCGGAGUCAAGUUGAAAAUCAAUUGCGUCGUUAUGCGAGGUCUCAACGACCGAGAGAUCCUCCCGUUUGUCGAAUUGACCCGCGAGAAGGAUCUCGAGGUGCGCUUCAUCGAGUACAUGCCCUUUGACGGCAACAAGUGGAACAAGGGCAAGAUGUUUUCGUACGACGAGAUGCUGGACGUGAUCCGGGCCGAGCAUCCCGACUUGCACAAAGUGAAGGAUGAGAAGAACGACACGAGCAAGACUUGGAAGGUACCUGGCUUUGUAGGCCGCCUCGGUUUCAUCACAAGCAUGACGCACAACUUCUGCGGCACCUGCAACCGACUUCGCAUCACGAGCGAUGGGAAUCUCAAGGUGUGCCUCUUCGGAAACGCCGAGGUCUCCCUGCGGGACAUUCUGAGGAAAUCCAACAGCGGAGAGCCCAUUGACGAAGAAGCGUUCGAGGCCAUGAAGCAGAUUGAGAUGAACCGCCGGCAAGGCCUCGCCGGCUCUGACCUACCGUUGGGAGUGGCACCAAACGAAGCCGAGCUCCUCGACGUUAUCGGGAUGGCAGUGAAGAGGAAGAAAGCAAAGCACGCCGGCAUUGGGCAGCUGGAGCACAUGAAGAACCGGCCGAUGAUUCUCAUAGGUGGGGCGCAGCAGCUCAUCCGCCGCGCCGUACCGCCUUUCGGCCUGCCAUCAGCAGCCUCCUUUGGCCAUUCUGGACAAAUACAGACCCAGCAACUACGACAGCUAUCUACCUCUCGCGCGUUGAAAACCACCAAGAAGGAUGAUGAUGAAGAUGAGAUCAUGAUACGCCUAGGAAACGACAAGGGGGACAAACCCGCAAACAAGGCACGCCUCACGCACGUAUCCGAGUCAGGCUCAGCACACAUGGUCGACAUUGCCGAGAAGCAAGUGACGUCGCGCGUCGCCACGGCCGCCUGCUCCGUGCACUUCUCCGGCGACACGGCCAUCCAGCUCAUCCAGGACAACCAGAUGAAGAAGGGCGACGUGCUGGGCGUGGCCCGCAUCGCGGGCAUCAUGGCGGCCAAGCGGACGGCGGACCUGAUCCCGCUGUGCCACCCGAUCGCCAUCUCGCGCGUCAGCGUGGACCUGGACGUGGUCGCGGGGAGCCGGCGGAUCGAGAUCCGGGCGACGGUGACGUGCGACGGCAAGACGGGGGUCGAGAUGGAGGCGCUGACGGCGGCGUCGUCGGCGGCCUUGACGGUGUACGACAUGUGCAAGGCCGUGGACAAGGGGAUGAGGGUCGAGGGGCUGCGGGUUGUGCUCAAGGAUGGGGGGAAGAGUGGGAGAUGGGAGAUGGACUGA